GUCAAUUCCAAUGGACAUUAUUUUUUUUUCUUUUAAAAAAUGCAGGCAUUUCCGUCCAAGAGAGGCCAGACUACUAUUGAUCAUUGAUCAAUAUAAUAUAUAAUAUGGUGCCAAAGCCUAUAAAUAACCAAACAGUUCAACUUAUAAUGAUCACCAGUCAUCAUUUAAUUAAUAUCACAUUAAUAAUCAAUAGUAUCAUUAGUCAUGGGCUCCUCCAAGUUUAUUAUUAUCUUCAUUAAUAUUGCUAUUAUAGCUAUCUCAUUGGUUCCUUCAAUUUCAGCAGUUGAUUACAUUGUUGGGGAUGAAGCAGGGUGGACAACAAACUUCGAUUAUCAAGCUUGGGCUCAGGAUAAGAUGUUUUUUGUUGGUGACACACUAGCAUUCAACUAUCCGGCGGGAGAACAUAAUGUUUUCAAAGUAAAUGGUACGGAUUUCAGACAAUGCUCAACACCAUUGGGUUCAGUGCCAUUGACGAGUGGAAACGAUGUGAUAACAUUAGCAACUCCGGGAAGAAAAUGGUACUUGUGUGGUGUUUCUCAACAUUGCUCCCUCGGCGGCCAAAAGCUCUCUCUUUAUGUGAUUGAUCAGUUUGCAUGGUCUCCCAUGUACCCACCAACUCCAGCUCCAUUACCAUUUCCUGGUGACAUAUAAUACUUAAUUUUUGGAGUG